AUGAAGUUAUAUGAAAGCAUACGUGAUACUGUAUUACCGGGAACAUUUGGAACUGGUCGUCGUGCUUACUUUACUGAAGUAAUUGCUACAAUCUAUCAAAUUGCCAUCUUUAUUUUCGUAAUAGCAAGUAUUUACAACUCCUUUCGCUUAUAUGUACAUUAUGGCCGUAUAAAUAGUUUUGUUACUACAUAUUCAGAAUCGACUAGUAUAGAAGCACCUUCUAUUAUAUUUUGCUAUAGCAGUAGUAUCCAAGUUAAUAAGAUCUUACCUUUUAACACUAAAAUAUAUGCAAGAAUUUUGUACAAUAAUAAUCUGUAUUAUAGCUUGCCGAUAAAGCUGCGUUACUGUCAAUUUGGUGUAUAUCUAUGUAUGUGUAGUGAUAUUUGGGCUCAAACAUUUUAUGGUCCCAUGACAUUUUACAACCAAUCAAUAGAAUUAUAUAGGAGUAAUUUUAAAGAUCUUAAUGUCUAUCCACCUGGCAAAUUUCCACUACCAAAGUUCACUAAAGAUAAACUUGAUAGACAAGUACAUAAAUCACUUACUAAAAAACAAGCAGAGAAUAAACAUUAUAAGCCCCAUCUAGUCAAUUGGUGUAAUCUAAGUAUAAUGGAAAUAAAUAUAACAAGUGCUGAAAGUAAAUUGUAUUCUACUUUACAAGGUUAUAAGACAAAUUUUAGUAGGGAAUCACUGAAUGCUAUUCAGUGUGAAUUUAAAGAUGCUAUUGAAUUUCUCAUAAUGGAAGAUGAAGAUAUACCUGGAUAUAUGGGAUUUUAUACUUCAAAAACUUAUGAAAUAUUAGAACCUAUGUGGAUUAAAGUGAGUACUCCGAGUUUAAUUUUUGCAUAUUUGCAACUAGAAAAAAACUGGAUAAUUGAUUUCCAAUGGGUUAAGAAUAUCUUCAAUAUUUGGCACUUGUUCUCAAGAAGCUACAGAAUAAAAUUAAAAAAUAGCUCGAACUAUAACGACGAAUAUGAAGUGCCAUUACCAUCAUUAGUUACUGAAAGUCAUCAGUUAGCUGCAGAUAUUGUGCAGAUACAUGGUAAUGUUCUACCCACUCACUGGUGGAUCCUAAAUUCUAAUGAUGACGAUAUUCAAAGUAAAAAUCUUCUAGAUAUUAAUAAGACUUCUACAUUAUGGAUUAGAGCUGAAUAUCAAUCUUUUUUUACUCCAAAUACUGUUCGGGUAGCCAAUAAGCACUUUUUACUUGUAUUAUUUGGAUUAGCUAUUUCAAUUUUAUUCUCUCUAAAUUAUCUCAGUUUAUUUUAUUCAAUAUUUCCUUUUUAUAGAGGCGAUAUUCCGAAAUUAAAAGUUUCCUUUAUAAUAAAAAUUUUAAGCUGUAAUUUAAUAAAAUCUUAUCAUGACUAUAAUAUUGAAAAUGAUAGUACUUGUUAA